AUGGCUCUCGAUCUCCACAUCGCACGAUCCUUAUGCCUAGUGUUUCUACAGCCGGCCGGCUCGGAGCUUGCAAGACUGGCAUAUCGAAAAUUAUACGGGCGGGACGUUUGUCCAGAGGUCGUUGGUGACAUGGUCGUGCGGGAUGAGUACCUGGGCUGGGUGCCCGACGUGAAGCCAUACUCACACAUCGAUUACUACGGCGUCACAUUCCAUCACCUGGUCCCCUCUGACGACCUCGAUCCAGAUGUGUUGCAGAUUACUGUCAUUGAGUUGGAGGCUGAUACCAUACUGUAUGCCAUUGGUGAGGCGUAUGCCGACGAGGGCCUGCUAUUUACGGUAGAUCUAGCCGAAUAUGUAAGGAAGAAGGUACUGGCCAUGCCAAGGUGCUGUCAGAAGAGAAAGGGCACCCAAGAUCGUGGAAGGAUAAACAACUCGGUGGCUAAGAGAGAUGCGAGAGCAUAACCUGGAGAAGCUGUCGACAGGGAAGGACGGUUGGAGAUCCCCCAGGAUAGGCGCAAACAUCAUAGAG